AUGCCGCCUAAGAAGGAGCAACUGUCGAAAAAGGACAUUAUCCAGAAAAAGCAGCAGUCCGUCACCGACAGGACUUUCGGCCUGAAAAAUAAAAACAAAUCAGCAAAAGUCCAGAGAUAUGUGGCCCAAGUAGAAAACCAGGGCGUGUCCGGCCUGCAAAAGAAGAAAGAAGCCGAGCAGGCCCGGCGGCUGGCGGAGAAGAAAGCGGCAGAGAAGGCGAAGCUUGAAGCGUUAGAGAUUCUCAAUCCUGUUUUACAGACUCAGAAAGUGCCGUUUGGUGUUGACCCAAAGACGGUCCUCUGCAUCUUCUACAAACAAGGCAAGUGCACAAAAGGCGCGCGAUGCAAGUUCAGCCACGACAUGGACAUCGAGCGCAAGACCCAGAAAAAAGAUCUCUACACGGACGCGCGCGAGCAAACAAAGAAAGACGAGAUGGACUCCUGGGACGAAGAAAAACUCCGCUCGGUCGUGCUCUCCAAACACGGCAACCCGAAAGUCAUCACAAACAUCGUCUGCAAGUACUUCAUCGAGGCCGUCGAGACAAAGAAAUACGGCUGGUUCUGGACCUGUCCGAACGGCGGCGACAACUGCCAGUACAAGCACUCGCUCCCGGCUGGUUUCACGCUCAAGACGAACGAGCAGAAGCAGGCCGAGCGCGAGGCCGCAAAGAACAAGCCCACCCUCACGCUCGAAGAGUUCCUCGAAACCGAGCGCCACAAGCUGGGCUCGGACCUCACGCCCGUCACCUACGACUCGUUCAUGAAAUGGAAAGCGCAGCGGCUAAGCAAGAAAGCGGCUGAGGAAGACGCAAUCAAGAAGAAAGACACGAUCGUGCACUCCGGCAAGUGGCUCUUCGAGCAAGGCAAGUUCGGCAAGGACGAAGACAGCGGCGAUGUGGAUGAGGGCGAUGCUUGGGAUAUGUCGGAUCUGCGACGGCGCGCGGAGAGUGUUGACGGCGACCAUGAGGAAGAGAGCGGCGAUAGGUUAGCUCUGUCUGAGGAGUAA